UCAAUACUUUAAAAAGCAUGGGUGUUCCAUCAGGUAAUUCUACGAAUGGUAAAAAAAUAUUUAUGCAAAGAUGUGCCCAAUGUCAUUCUUACGAAAGUGGAGCAAAACACAAAGUUGGACCAAAUUUAAGUGGAGUUGUGGGUAGAAAAGCUGGUACUGCAUCCGGUUAUACUUUUUCCGAUGCAAAUAAAAAGAAAGGUGUGACUUGGAGCGAUUCUACGUUAUACGAUUAUCUUGAAAAUCCAAAAAAAUACAUACCAGGAACAAAAAUGGUUUUCGCCGGAUUGAAAAAAUCCCAAGAUAGAGCAGAUCUGAUUGCGUAUCUACAGACAAUCUGAAAUAAUAAACGAUUCAAGAAAUAGAGAAUAGGAUUCAUAUUAUAUAAUUAAAGUGUAUUAAGUUCAUUAUUUUAAUUAAUCUGAUAGCUCCAAAUCACAGUUAUUAAGAGUUGUUUUCCUUAUAUACAUAAAUAUUGUUUGCAAGAUUACUUGAAGAUUAGUAUCUGCUUUUUUGUUUAAUUAAGGUAUAAAUAAAAAAGAUCCAG